GUUCUCGGCGCUUAUCGCAUCUCAUCCUUCAUUCCAUCUCUGUCGCUGCUUCGCAAAUCUACGCGCACGCCUGCUCCUGCUGAAGCAAGAUAGACUGUCUAUGCUGGAGGAGCGGCUGGAAGGGAUCGACCGACAAGAGACUGUCCCCUUACGCCUCGGGUGCAGUCGGAGGGAUAAUAAUAGCGAAAGGAUAUCUAUUGUCUCCGAUAUCGAGAAAACCCUGGCUGAAUAUGAUGAGCUGAUAGAGAGGAAUCACCGGAUUCUUAGUCUCGAGGCCGCAAAGCCAAGAGAUAUAUUCAAUUUGCAAAAUUGGGUUAACGGGAACGGCUACAUGGCUAGGAAAGAGACUGCAUACCUGACAUCCCACGAAGUGCUUAGCGUAGCCGCACCGGACGACUAUGCCGUCUCAUGGUUGGAGACGCUAGUCGAAGGUGGCCUCGUUCGUCUCUGCGACUACUGCGGUAAACGCUAUGGCCUUGAGACCUCAAGAGACCGGAACUUGUUCAACGUAUACAACUGUCUGAGUCGUAUUUAUCGCUAGCGCGGGGUUACCGGGAAGCUGAUAUGUUUCAGGAAACCCUGCUGAAUGCAUGAAUACUUUGCAAUACCCGCCAGAGAUUAAA